AUGACGGGCACAAAGUCAAGCGAAAGCCGUCAAGUUCCGCCGCGCUGCGACGAAGCUCCCAAACCGCACAAGAAACAAAACAAAAAACAACACCGAUCGUGGAGAGACCAACAACGAUACGACGAUAGGAGAGCCGUCAAACACGGGAAUGUAAAUUUUAUAGUUUACGCAGAUGAUACGAGUAUAAUCAUUCCUGAUAAAAAUUAUGAACAUCUUGUUACCAGAGCAAAUAUUGUUCUAUCUAAAUUAAAAUGUUGGUGCGAAAUUAACUCCCUCCAUAUAAAUACUAAUAAGAGCAAGGCUGUAAUAUUUCAACUACAUUCUAGAACUCAAACAAAUUUAUUCCUUCCUUUCAAAUAUGGUUCUGAUAUUAUUCAUUGUGCUAAAAAUGUCAAAACUCUGGGUGUAUUUUUUUCCUUUAACAUGUCCUGGUCUGAACAUGUUAAAUAUGUUCGUACUAAACUUUCAAAAAUAGUUGGAGUAAUAAACAAAUAUAGAAACAUUUUACCUACCAAUAUUAAACUUCAAAUUUUUAAAUCAUUAUUUUUCCCCGUCUUAGGAUACGCGCAUCUGAUAUGGGGAUCUACUGGUUUAACCAACUUAAAUUUGCUCCGCGUGCUGCAGAAAAAAGCUCUUCGUGCAAUAGCCAAUGUUCCUACGACCUCACCAUCAUUGCCUCUCUUUGAUAAAUUUUCCAUAACCGACGUGUCAAAACUUUACAGUCAACGCUUAAUAUUAACGUGCCAAUCGGCCCUAAAAGGUAAAUUCGAAACAUUUCUGAACCUCGCUGACCUUCAUUUGCAAAUUCCAAUUUAUCAAACCCGUCAAAUACAUCCAUGGCAAAUACCAAGAUCACGUACGAACUUUGGACAUCAAAGAAUUAAACAUGCACUUCCUCACUUACUAAAUCAUGUCGCAUCGCUAGAAAUUGAUAUCACUUCACUUAAUAAAAAUAGCAUCGUUAACAUUGUAUAAAAAAUGCACAUUCUAUGAUUUAUUAACAUUGUAUAAAAAUGCACAUUGUAUUGUUUUUCUAGAUUUAUUUGUUUAUUAAAUGAUCUCUUGUUGCGUUGUCUGCCAUGUAGG